AUGCUGCGUCCAGCCCUUAUUGUUUGGUGGUUUUGGGCAGGAUUUUCCAUCGCUGAUGACGGGGACGAUUUCUCGAACAAUCUCUUCUCUGAUCUGGCACCUCUGUUGGCCCUUUUCGGAGAACGAGUUACCAUGCAAUUCAUGAGCCAGUCCAUGGGUUGGGCGGACAACUUGAUACUUGCCAUGGGCCCAAUAGGGAUAAUCACUAUCAUCGUUAGUGCCAUCAGAGUUGGUGGUCCAAAGCUGCUGAAGGCCUUGGUUGGAAGAGCGAGGGAGAAUCUUGCGGCCGCCGAAAUGGAGCUCCUGUCAUCUACUUCUCAGGAAGUCGGCGAGCUCUGGAAUGGGUCAGAAGUCGUUCGGUGUAUGGGGAAAUGCCCUCUGACAGAGUUCAUCAUCCUUGUUCCUAAGAAGGGGGUGAAUGAGCACUCACAGGUUAAAGUCGGCGAUUGGGAUAAGUAUCUGAAAGAGACUGAACACAAAAAAGCCGAUACUCCAUUCUUCAACAAUUCACCAAAUGAAGAAGAUGGCCAAGCACAAAAUGUCAAACUGGAACAGGUUAAUAACCCACCCCCAGGCCCUGACAAUAAUGGCAAACAAAACCAUGCCACAGACGACGAAAAAAAACCCGAGCAAAAUAACGACGUCAUUGUUAUACGCAUUAACGGCCCAAAGGUCGAAACCGCCCAAAAAACUGAACAAACUAAAGAGCCUAAAACCCCCGAAAACCCAGAAAGAAUUGGAAAAACUGAAACCACUGGAAAAACUGGAAACAUAAAAAAAACGGAAAAUGCCGAAAAUGCUCCAAAUAUAUCUCUAAAUUGCCACAAGCUUGCAAGCCCCCUAGAGCUUUGGAUAGUUGCCAUUAUUGGGACCAUCCUCCAGCUUGGAGUGGUGGCAUACUGGGCCUUUGCUACAUAUUACCCAACGCUACAGUACCCCAAAGACGGCAAAAAAGUUCCAGACUAUGCAUAUCCUUGCGCUGCAGCUGGAACACUUACCUUGGUGGUUAGCAUGAUACUUUGCUCACAUGUUGUAGAGAGCAGGACCAAGGAGCGGAAAUAUGUUCCACGUGGAAAAGCGCAUGAUAUCUACUUUUGUUGGCUACAGCAAGAAAAAAUUGUGAGCGACCAGUCAUUCAACUCACACAUUGUCUAUUGCAAAAAGAAAAACAAGUAUAUCCUUAAGUCAGAGCGAGAUGGCGAAGAGAGCAGAAAGAAAGGCCUUACCGUUGUUUCAACAAUGAUUGCUCUCUCUGGAUUCGUCGUACAAUUCGUCGGUUUGCGGGGACUGCACUGGUCCGCCUCUGUUACUCAGCUUGGAAUCGUAUUGUUCAUGCUUGCUUGCAAAGCAUUCGUUCGCUGGGGGCUCGCUAACCCCCCAGAAAGCGGUGGCUCUCUCAAGUCCGGAUUUGAGCUUGAGUGGCUCACUAAAAUACUGUGCGAGAGAGGUGAGCCACCCCAAGAACUACCUCGAGAUCUACCUCAAGAUCUGUCUCAAGAUCCACCCCAAGAACCACCCCAAGAACCACCCCAAGAACCACCUCAAGGUCCAUCUCGAGAACCACCCCAAGAACCACCUCAAGGUCCAUCUCGAGAUCCGGUUCUGGAUCUAGCUCUUAAGUGGCUUAAGGAACAGAUAAAGUCACCUUGGGCUCCCAGACCUCAAGGCGCGGCUAAACCAUCAGGGGAUGCAGCUCCCGGGCGGUUCCUCAAAUGGUUGCGCAGAGGCUGGAUUAAAAUUGCAAGGUCAUUCUUCAGGUUCUUAGAUUCAUUCUUUAGCGACAUUAAAGAUGCAGAGCGAUCUAAGAAUCAAGACCUAGUGCACAGUCUGGUUGGGUGGCUCAUCAAAGCAUUAUACAGAAGAUCUGGUAGUGCUAGAGAUGCCGGUCCUCUUCAGUGGUUCAAGCGUGAAUUGCCAUCUUUGCCAGCAACAAACAACGAGAGAUCCGGUCUUGCAUCUUUCAUUGCUGUUUUUACUUUGAACUUGAACUCGCAUCCUAACAACGAGGGGGUACCCCCUGAACCUGGACACAUACCAGACUGGACGAUCAAUGGAUUUAAAAUGCCCAAGUUUCGAGUGGUAAACCCCACAGGGGCGUUGCCGGCACACAACAUGAUGACGAUCCGUCGAGACUUAGGUCGAUUGGCUGACUGGCGUGAGCGUCCGUCCAAAGAAGCAAUCGCUGUUACCAAAUCGAUUGAAAUCGCGAUGAAAACCCUUUUCCCCAAAGGCAAAGGUACUGAGGGAUUCAUCUACUGGUCGAUAAAGAAGCCGGGCCAGGAGAUUGAUUUUAAGAUCCAGCACAAGAAUGGAAAAUUCACGGCUGAUGUUAUGGAAAUGGAAGCGAUUCUAUCUCUGUGGCUAUUUGCUGACAGCCAGCAGUCCCCCGAAGACGAAUCUAAACCGUCAAGAGAGGAUGGAAAAAAGGAAAGUGAUUCUUGGCUGAGAAGCAAGGGAUUACUGCCCGAGUUCGCCCUCUGCUUCCUCGGAUCUUAUUCAGCAGCGUUGCACCGCGACAUCUGGUGGUGGAUGCCCACCAAAGAAAACCCAGUUCUCCUAGUUCAGAAAUGCGAAAAAACAGGCAAUACAGAGCAUGAUUCUGUUGAAAUCUUGGCUGAGAGAUAUGGAAGGGUCGUUGGUAGCGUUUCUGAAUAUGAUUGGGUCGAGAAACCGGAAACUAGACUGAAACCAGAAACUAGACUGAAAAUCCGUCAGUUGGAUGAGCCUAAGUUUGAUGAAACAAGUGCGAAACCCGAAGGUUUCUUUGCUACUGAAAAACGGACCUCAGUGGAAUUGGUCUACGCCCAACACAUAUUCUCCGCCUUCAUGGGCGCAGCUGCUGCGGACAAGUCUGCUUACAUUGAUCCUUCGAAAACUACCUUACGGACAGAAGUAACUUCAAAUGGUGGCGCGUGGAAAUCCUUCGCAAUCACGAACGAAGCUCUUUCUAGAAUGGCCAUUGAAAUCCAACAAACAGGUCUUGGGAGCCUGGAGGAAGUUUAUCAAAGCAUUCUCCCUCCUCUUAGUCUCUCGAACAAACUGCCUCAGCCCGAUGAAAUGGUUGAAAUAGCACGAAAAGAGGCUAGAGCACAUGAAAAAGCCGGCAAAUGGGUCGAAGCUGGGAGAAUAUAUUUAUCACUGCUGCGCAGAAUAAAGACAUAUCCCCAUGACACCCCCAUCACGAUCAAAGCUGCAGCAACAAUAAUCCAAUUUUGGAGACAGGUUGUCUUUGCAAUUGAAACCGAGAUUGCUGAAGAUCCGGCGUUAAAAGGACUUGCAGAGGAAUUGGAAAGGCAGUUGGGAGAUAUCAAUGAGGAAGCCUUCCUCAAUUUAUGGAAUCUUUACAUUAUCCAAGGCCGCGGUCGUCCCUGGGACAUUAUCCGAGGCCGUGGUCGUUUCUGGGAAGACGAUCUAAAUAGCACUGAGUUGGUUGAAUUGGAAUCUUUCCCAGAUGGAGAUGAAUUUGGCAUCACUGAAUACCACAUUUGCGCUAGACAAGGUGUGUGGCCGAAUAUCGACCACCAGCUGAUGAGGUCCGCUGAUGUCUUUGGUUGGACACCGAUCCACUAUGCUUCAACCCGGGGUUCAUCGCGGAAACUCAGGUCGGGGACGCCUGGAGACAUCAUAGGACACAUUGUGGGCAGUGCCGACAUCAAUGCGCGCGAUUUGAUCGAAUGGACGCCGCUACAUUAUGCUUGCUGCGAUGGAAAUUUAGACAUGGUGCAAACAAUUAUCCGGUAUCGCGCCGACGUUAAUGCGCAGGGCACAGACAACUUUGCGCCUCUGCACUGUGCGGCUUGCCACGGCUACCGAAAGGAUGUUGCUGCCGCAUUGAUUGAAGCAGGAGCCGACGUUAACUCCCAAGACGUAUUUGGCAAUUCUCCAUUGUUCUGGGCUAUAAGGAAUCACAACGAGCCCCUUUGUCGCCUUCUUUAUGGAAACCUGGACUUGAACAAGAAAUUACGAAAUUUCGAGGGAAUGACUGCUCUCCAUCAAGCCGCAUUUUUUGGUAAUCAGGCAAUAGUAGAGCUGCUACUGCAUGACCAGGAUGUCGAUGCCAGAGACCGCACCUGGAAAACCCCGUUGCAUCUGGCAGCAUGGAAAGGUCGAAAAGCAAUUGUUAUACUGCUGCUUGAGAAGCAGGCAAAUAUUGGGGCUCAAGACGAAAAGCGCUCCACCCCGCUACGCCUAGCAGAAGACGAAGGGCACGAUGAGAUUGUUCGACUACUGCUUGACAGGCAGCCAGGUAUAAAGCUUGAAGACGCAAGGGGCAUCGACCAUGUACGCAUAGCAGAAGAGGCAGGGUGGCGCAGUAUUCAGAGAGAGGUGUAUGGAAUUCACAUUGAUGAAUAG